UCAUGGUCGCAUUUUUAUCACCUGUGAUGUCAUGCGUUACUUUCGCACUUACAUACUUGUUAGAACGUGACAGGCAUGGUGACAAAUGAUAAACAGCCGACCAUCUUAGCCCUACAGUACAAAGUAGGUAAUCUUUGUGAAUAGCAGGGUUGUUUGCCGCCAUAACGGCCGCGGCAGACAGAUUAGCCUAUCUUGGAUUUCAUGCCUUUGUUAGUCUGGCUUGAAUUACCCUUGAAAUUGAAUUAACAUGGCUUGAAACUUAUCAUUUCGCUUUGACUAGGCGUUUUGUAAAGCAUACAAGUUUAAUUAUAUUUAAGUAUUUCAUUAUGCAUAUCACUCGCACAUAUGUAUUGGCCUUAUCAUAAUAUUAUGAAAAAGUUCGUAUUGUACGCUGUUACAAAUUAGCGCGGUUUUAAUAAAGAUGCAAUGCCAAUCCGUAACAUACUGGAUCGAGCAUAAAUAUCUACACUCGCCGGUAACAAGCGAUACAACAAGAGAAAUUCAGUCCAACAGGAUUAUCAUGCACGGGACUAACCUGAGGUUGCAGCAAUGGUGGAAUCCUCUCGAUGUGACUGGUUCUUCUUACGUUUAGCACCUUUUCUUCUUUCACACGCCGGCCGGCGGUACGGUUAACAGUCUUAGGCCUUUUCUCACGCGAUAGAACACUAAACACUUAGGUUUGGUUUGAUCCAUAAAAACGAUUGUAAUCUAUAGCGGUCGCUCCGCACGCCUCGUGCGUUUCGUUAGUUCUUUCUUUCGCCACUAGAGGCGCUCUGCUGAUGGCUGUCCUUAGCAUGUCGUCCGAUCAUUUUCGGGCGAUCCUAUUGGCUUAAAUUUCAAUAUUGCAUCGCUGUGAAGUGCGUUUUGACAUUGCAUCGAUAAACGGUUUGAAGCGCGCGGAAUAUGAUUGAUUAUUUAAAAACUUAACGUUAAGAACGGAACAUACGCUCUGAACGUUCUUGAUAAACUUUUUUGUUGAAAUCUUUUAUUCGUCAUGAACUAAACGCCUGUGUUUGACAUUCGUUAUUCAACAUGCUUACAAGAUUUUAUUAAUUGUAGAAAGAAUCGCAGGAAACCAAAAUUUCUGGUUGACUUUGUUGUGAGUUUUGAUAUAAAUGUAGUCUUUAAUGCAAUGUAUUAAGACUACACGGAAUUGUGAAAACGCAAGUGUAACUCAUUAAACUCCAUUGUUUAUUGUGUUGCUUCCUUAAGUAGACAUUUUUUGAUUAGAGAUAGCCAAGCCGCAUAGCUAGAGAUGUCCAAAUUGUACCAAUAUAUUGUUGCUGCAUGCGAUAAAUUCGUACCGGCAAGUCUACGACCACUCUGGGAGCACCCAGCUGGACCAAAAACAAUUUUCUUUUGGGCUCCUGCAUUCAAAUGGGGCCUGGUUAUCGGCGGUCUGGGAGACAUCAACCGGCCCGCCGACAAGCUGUCCAUACCGCAGAUCACAUCGCUCGCUGCUACCGGGCUCGUCUGGUCCCGCUACUCCCUUGUCAUAAUUCCGAAGAACUACAGUCUGUUUGCUGUGAAUGUGUUCGUUGCUGCCAUCAAUGUGUAUCAGCUUGGCAGGGCCAUUAGGCACAGGCAGUCGUCGGAGAAAAAAUAAAAGGUAUAGCAGAUGGCUUUUUUUAUUAUAAAUUGUCUGAAGUUAAGAAAAUCUGAUCGGAAUUGAUGAUGAAUAAAGUGUACUCUACUUCAUUGUACAGAAAAUAAAACAAAACUGGAAAAAACAUACAUCAAUGCGAACUUAUCCCUUUAAGAGAUCUCAUCUAGGUAACCUUAUCUUUCUCUCUUCUUUCUAUGCUACACCUCUGUAAGAUAUGUGGUGAGAUCGAAUAAAUUUCUAUGAAAGUCCCGCCACUGGUAUUUCUACACAUUAUUGUUUAGCAGCCCCUAUGUUAUUUUUUCCCAAGCUUUCUUUAUUAUGUAUACUUUAAUUCCAGGGCCUGGUUUUCGGCGGUAUGUCUGACGUCAUCCGGUCCGCCGACAAGCUCUCCAUACCGCAGAUAACAUUGGUUGCCGCCACUGGGAUCGACUGGACUCCCUCGUGAACGCGUUCGUUGCUGCCAUCAAUGUGGAUCAGCUACAGCCAUCAUGUACAGGCAGUUGGAGAAGAAAUAAAAGGUAGGUUACGGUAUGGCUUUUUUGUUAUAAUUACCUGGAAUUAAGAAAUUUGAUGGGAAUGUAUCUUGGCAUAAUGUCGAAACAAAGUCUGAAAAUGUUACGCAAAUUAAAUUUGUGUUCUUAAGUUUUUUAGUGACUUUAAAUAUAAUUAGGUAUAAUAGUUAUAUAUCCUGGCUGGAGACCAUUUUUUUGUUAGACCAACGUCAGAAUAAACUCAUAUUGGAUAUUUUGUACAAUAAAGUGGUCAUCCGCACACAAAAUAACUAAUAGACAAAUUAGACCAAUUUCCUGGUUGAACAAAGGUAGCAAUAAACACAAAUGACCUUUUUGAGGUUUUUAACAAUUCUAUUGGUACAAAAUCUGCUAUUUCUUUCUACUCUGUAUUAUUCGCCAUGUCACCUAGUUCAAACACUUGCAUUUGGGCCAACCUUUUUGGCACCUGAAAUAGUGACGUGGGAAGAAUGCACAAUUUAUGCCGCGUCAUGUCGCGUCGUGAGCUAGUUUUCCAAGCGCAUUCCUGGAGGUCGAUUCUCAUUUAACCAUUUGUUAUGGUUUGAAUUGGUUUUGACAUUACCUUGACGAUCGUAUUGGUAAAUGGCGCGUAUCUCACACACCAUGCAUCGUCAAGAUCGUCAAGGUCGCAU